UGUUGUGUGUUUUUCUCUGCCUCUUUGAGGGUUUCCUUUCCAUACUUGCAGAGUAGAUCCUGUAAGUGUUAUUUGAGCUUCUUUGUAGUGUAGAGCACUACAAGUGGUAUCAGAUAAGGUCUUUCCUUGGCACCAAUAUGGCUGAUGACACCAGAUUGAAGCAAUUGGAUGAAUCCAAUAAGAAAUUGAGCUUAGAUUUGCAGGAAUUGGGUACAGAGGUAAAAGGGAAUAUGUCGAGGAUGAAGACUGAUAUCAAUAAUCAACUGCAUCUUCUUCGUACUGCUCAAUCCUCUCUGGACCAGAAGUUGCAGUUGCUUCUUGAUAGAUCCGUUUUUUCCCAGAGUCAAAAUUAUGGUGGUGAAACCAAUCAGCAUUGGGAAGAAGAGGAACAGCCAGAUCCAUCUUCUAGCAAUCCAUUUCAAGGUUUUCAACAUCAUCACCAACAAAGAUUCAUUCAACAUCAUCAGACAGGUGAGGGUCAGUUUGCUAAUUACAGGCCUAAGAUUGAUUUCCCACGUUUUGAUGGUACUAACCCUAGAGCUUGGAUCCGUAAAUGUAAGAAAUACUUCUUUCUACAUCAACUGAAUGAUGAGCAGAAGGUACACAUAGCCACAUUGUACUUGGAGGGUAAAGCAGAUGUUUGGUUUCAGCACUACCAAACAAGUAAGGCUAACUUGUAUUGGGAAGAUUUCAUUAUUGAUGUUUGUACAAGGUUCCAAGACUUAGGCCAUGACAAUGUUAUAGGUGAAUUUAACAAACUUGAUCAAACAACUAGAGUCUUAGAUUAUAAGGAACGGUUUGAAGAAUUGAAAGCUUUGAUGUUAGCUAAGAAUCCAUCCCUAUAUGAAGAAUACUUCAUACAUAGUUUCAUUAGUGGCCUGAAAGAGGAUAUUAGGUUAGUAGUGCAAAUGUUUAACCCUACUACCUUACAGCAAGCUAUCCUUCUAGCUAGACGACAGGAGUGUAUCCUAGACAGGGCUGCAAAACCCCAGCCAAGGUUCUCCAACAUACCAUCUUAUGGGGGUAAACCUUUAACAAUCCCCAACCAAACAACACAUUUCACCCCAUCAGUUAUGGCACCAACUAUUACCAGUCCUGCAACCAGCCCAAAAAUGCAGCAUGUCAAGAAGCUUACCUAUGUUGAAAUGCGUGCCAAAAGAGAAAAUGGGUUAUGCUACAAUUGCAAUGAACCAUGGAUCAAAGGCCAUGACUGUCGAAAGCAGCAAUUGUAUAUGAUAGUUGCAGAUGAUGAAGAAGGGUUAAAGGAAAAGGAUGAUGGCUCUAGUCCAACUAUUGUAAAAGUGGAUGAAGAAAUGGAAAUCUCAGUCCAUGCCUUAGCAGGUAACAUCUCUCAGUCUACAAUUAAGAUUAAAGGACAGGUGAAGACUCAAGGAUUGACUAUUCUAGUAGAUAACGGCAGUACCCACAGUUUUCUCGAUCCAUCUGCUGCCAAAAGAAGUGGCUGCACUAUACUUCCAACUCAAACUUUGCAGGUUACAGUAGCCGAUGGAAACAAGCUGUUGAGUCAAGCUAAGUGUCCAGAGUUUACUUGGGUUAUGCAGGGUCACACUUUUUCUCAUGACUUGCACCUUCUUGACUUAGGAGGAUGUGAUAUGGUUCUCGGUGCGGACUGGAUGCGUGAAUUGAGCCCAAUGCUUUUUGAUUUCAAGAAGCUCACCAUUACAUUUAAACAUAAUGGCACUGAUGUUGAGUUGAUUGGUCACAGGGAGGAGGCGGUUAACAUCUCUCUUAUGACAGGCAGACAUUUUAAGAAACUUCUUCGCAGUGGUGACCCAGUUUUGUUUGGUCAGUUAUCAUCCAUCUCGGCUACAGCUGCAUCAACUGACAUUGCGGCUCAAAUUGCUGAAGUCUUGGAUUAGUUACCUUCUGUCUUUCAAUUGCCAACCUCACUUCCACCAGCAAGAGCACACGAUCAUCACAUUCCCUUGGUACCAAACUCAACUCCACCGAACCAGUGGCCUUACAGAGUACCAUUUGUUCAGAAAGCAGUAAUCGAGAAGCUAGUUCAAGAAAUGCUCAACACUGGGGUAAUUCAGCAUAACCACAUCCCAUUCUCUUCUCAGGUGCUGUUAGUCAAGAAGAAGGAUGGAGAUUGGCGUUUCUGCGUGGACUACCGCAAGCUUAACUCCAUUACUGUUAAAGAUAAGUACCCCAUACCCCUUAUCGAUGAGUUACUUGCUGAGCUACAUGGCUCUACUUAUUGCUGACCUUCGAUCUGGGUACCACCAGAUACGAGUACACCCUGCAGAUAUACAAAAAACCGCUUUUCGUACACACAAUGGUCAUUUUGAAUUUUGUGUCAUGUCGUUUGGGCUAACUAAUGCCCCAACCACUUUUCAAUCACUUAUGAAUGACAUAUUCAAACCUUACCUUAGGAAAUUCAUCCUUGUAUUUUUUGAUGAUAUACUAGUAUAUAGUCGUGACUUAGAAUCUCAUUGCACACACCUUCGUAUUACCUGUCUAUUCUGCAACAACAUUCGCUCCUUGCUAAACGCAGUAAAUGUAGUUUUGGUCAGCACCAACUUGAAUAUUUGGGUCACCUUAUUAGUCGUGAAGGGGUAGCAGCCGACCCUGCCAAAAUGGAGUGUAUGCUCAACUGGCCAAGACCAACAACCCAAAAAGGAUUGCGUGAAUUUUUAAGGUUAACAAGGUAUUAUCGUAAGUUCGUGAAGAAUUAUGGACUCAUUUGCCAGCCUCUUACUGCCCUGCUGAAGAAGAAUAGUUUUGUUUGGUCUGAUGAGGCUGAAUUGGAUUUCAAACAGUUGAAGAAGGUGGUAACUACCACUCCUGUCCUCAUCUUACCGGAUUUUACUGUGGAAUUCGAGCUUGAAACUGAUGCUAGUGAUAGUGGGGUAGGUGCUGUGCUUAUGCAACAGGGCAGGCCUAUUGCCUUUUUCAGUAAGGCCAUGGGACUCAGAUACAAGGCAUUAUCCACAUACGAAAAGGAGUUGCUAAGUAUUGUUAUGUCUGUUAAUCAAUUGGCGUUCCUUCCUUCUAGGCUCCCAUUUUAAUAUUUUUACGGACCAUCGAAGUAUAAAAUACUUUAUGGAUCAAAGGUUGCAUACAUUGUUUCAGCAGAAGUGGCUGACCAAAUUACUUGGCUUUGAUUAUACUUUGUUUUACAAGAAGGGCACAAACAACAGAGUUGCUGACGCUCUGUCUCGGGCUUCAUGUUCUUCACUCACAACAAUUCAACCACAGUGGUUGGAAGAUGUUCAGGGUAGUUAUACAGAUGACCACCUUGGUAAAGAACUGAUAUCUAAACUCAUGCUAUCUCCAGUACAUCCUGAGGGGUACACCUAUUCGCAGGGAAUUCUUCGACAACAUGGCAGAAUCUAUAUUGGUUCAUCUGGUAAUGCUCGUCAGAAUAUUCUUGCAGCUGCUCACUCAUCCGCUAUAGGUGGACACUCCGGAGUGCAAGCUUGUUAUCAGCGAGACGAUUUGCGUCGAGUUGAUACAAUAUUUCUUGUCUUGAAAGUGUUCUUUGAAUCCAGAUGCCAAGUAUAGCUUUAUGUUACUGUCAAUUGUUUCCAUGGUAUAGUGUAUUAUUCAAGAAUUUUGGCGCAAUUGAAGUUCUCAUCAAGAAAGAAAUUUUGGUUUGGGUGUCUUGCUUAUAUCGUAAUCAUAGUUUAGUGGGUGUUACCGUAAGGAAAUAUUAGGAGCUUCUUGAAUUGUGUGGAAAUCAUCAGUGCUGCCUACAAUUAUUAUGGAGUUCAGUGUCUGAGGAGCUUUUUUUCUGUUGAGUUUUUUCAAUGCAAGUGCUCACCAGAACCAUGCAUAUUAUCAGCUUAUCUGCAGUGGGGUGGAAUCAUCUAUUCCCAUUAUCGACGCACUAUUUUCAUUUUGCGACCAUUGUAGUUUUUUUAUUGCUUCUUAUUGAGAGAAAUGCAGUUUUAGUUGCUUGUAGUCGGCUAUAAAUUGUUUUAGAAAUUACUGUUUUCAUGUCAUGGAAUUUCUCACUAUGGAUGGCUUGAAGAGAAUUGAGUUAUGAUUUCCAUGGCAUCAUGUUGAGAUGAUCUUCUAGUUGGGUAUUCAUACAUGGUCAAUUUGCUCACUCGUUCUCCUAACUUGGAUUUUCGUAAACGUCCUUCAAUCAUCCCUCCAGAACCGAAGGUAUUUCGUUGCAGCCUGAUUUGUUUGAAGAUAGCCUAGUAGCUGCUGGGUAUCCUGGAUUGAAACUGGCAUGAAGCUAUAUGUUUCUAAUCAAGGCAUGUCGUGAUUGCAGCUCUUUCUCUUUCUUGUUCAUAUUCAUAAUCCUCUAGAAAGGGCCUAACACCUGUUAUUUCAUAUAUGAUGGUUGGAUUCCCGUUCAGGAGUUCUUUUCUGAGAUAGGAAGUUUGAAGAGAUACUCAGUUCAUUGCUCCAUCUUUCUGCUUUUCGACUGCAGCAAUAACUGUUGCAGAACUAAUGUACUAUUUUAAAAGGCUAGGGUGUCUUCAUUUGCUUUUGCAUCUGGUACUCUUGAGUUUUAAUUAUCACGUGGUUAUUAUGCUCACUUGUGCUGAAUAGGAGCUUGUGCUUGGUGUAGGGAUCAGCUGAAGUGGUGUUUAAUCGAAAGGCAGAUGGAUAGACAACGAUAUAAUAUUUUCAACUUGAUGGCAAGGCGAUGAAGAUAGAGAUCAUAGGUACCAGUUUGGCCGCACCAGUUUCAGCUCGUAUUAAUGUGUUUGGAGCUAAUGGAAGAGGGAAAAGGACUGUCAUUAUGAGGCCGGGCAUGGGUCGAGGACGAGGCUCUGGUUUAUCGAAUUGUGGAGGUGUUGAAAUUUGAAACCUGGGAAAGUAAACGCAUCAGAAUUGGACGAGCAAAGUAUUCCUGGGAACUGGAAAGUACCAGUGGUGACUGAUAUCAAGUUGUCUUAAGACUCUUGAGUCCAUUGUAAGAGUAUGCAAGUUUUAUGCGUGCAACAAAUGCCAACCCUAAACUCUCAGGGGUUUUCAUUUGUGGAUCAAAUGACAAGCUCAAUUCUCAGUAAAACUCUUUUGGCUGAAAUGAAACAUUUCUCCAUGAACUGAGAAACAACUCCAACAGCAUAUAGGAUUGGCAUAUUACACUAUUCCUCCUGAUGUCGUUACCAGCUUGGAGUAUGAUGGUGAGUAGAUGUGAACGGAGACAUUUCAGAAAGUUACCCAAGUAUGUACUGUGACAUCUUGCUUUCUUUCAGGAAGUAUGAUUGGUCUCGAGCAUUGAUGCUAAUUUUAGAAUGGGAAGAUGCGGUGCAAGUAGAAAUCUAAGCACUCAAGAAGGCACAGACCUAGUAAAUGGGUUUGCAAGUUGAAGGCUGAUGGAUCGGUGCCUGGUUGCUUCUCACAGAAUUAUGGAUUGGAUUAUGAAGAGACUGUAAGAAAUGGCAUUCCCUUGCAACUCACAAUUCUUGGAAAUUGCAUUCCUCUAUGGUGAAGUGGAUCGAGAAAUCUUUAUGGGCAGCCUCAUGGUUUUAUAGUACCCAGAUUAUGUUAGUCAACUGUUGUUGUAAGCUCUUAAACAGUCUCCACGAGCUACGAGCUUGGUAGAGUAAAAUUGCUGAAUAUCCACAGUUUUUAAAUUCAGAUUCUAGUUUAUUUGUUAGUACCAUGAUUUUAUUAUCGAAGGCUAUUAUUGGGG